CUUAUAACAACAGAUACAUGGGGGGAAACCUGUGUGGAAUCAGCUAGAGCGAACGUGCGGCUAAGUUUCAGGUUUUAUUUGUGUUGAAUCUACUUCCUGAUGAGUUGCUGUGUCUCCGCCUAUCGGCAUUGAUCUAUUUGCAGAGCACAUGUAUCUGUCUGGCGGCGAUCUGUACCAGAGAACUGAGGCCGUAAGUUAUAUCAGACAGGAAGUCACAUGGAAUCCUGAGCUGCCAUUCUACAGCUCGACUUAAACCGGGUAAACGGCAUGGAACGCGGCAUUCCAACGUUGACUAGUAACUGCUCCUUCUCCCACAGGGCCAUUCCUUGUGCAGUCAGGCUCUACAUCUUACUAUUGGUUCUUUUCAUUGUUGUGCCAACAGGGAUGUAGGAGCGAUGCAGGAAAAUUAGCUAUUUAAUGUUUUUUAAAAAAACAUUUGUUUUAAUAGGUUCUGCCUGUUUCUAUAUCGCUAUAUGUAGCAUUAUUACAUUCAAUGCAUGCAUAUUACAUUCAAUGCAUGAAAGGCUAAUAGUUUAAACAUUUUUAAAAACAAAACACUUUCGUUGUGUUGAACACACACACACACACACACAUACCUCUUACUGUACAGUAACAAGCUAUGGUUCUGUCUGAGACAAACACGUCUAAUAGUAAGAUCAAAGAAUACAAUCUCAAAAUAUAUUGCUAACAUGUUUAACUGUUCGCUAUAAUAUAUAUUUUUGCAAGAUGUAUUUGUGACAUAAUGCAAACUAAGCAGCUAGGCAGUAUGCUGUCAAAAUAUUACAAAUUUUUUAAAUAUAUUUUUCAUGUUUGCAGAAAGAACUUCACAUGCUAUCUAUCUAUAUAUAUAUAUAUAUAUAUAUCUCAUGUCUAGUUGUUUUUGCUGCAAACAUGUAUUUCUUAUUGGGUUAGGGGGAUGCUGUCAUUCUACUUAAAGGACCACUUCAGCUUAAUGAAGUGGUCUGGGUGCCAGGUCCCUCUAGGAUUAACCCAUUUUUUUUUUUAUAAACAUAGCAGUUUCCGAGAAACUGUUAUGUUUAUGUUAGUGUUAAUCCAGCCUCUAGUGGCUGUCUCAUUGACAGCCGCUAGAGGUGUUUGCGUGCUUCUCACUGUGAAAAUCUUAAGGACGUUUUUUGUCGAACGUACCGGACACGCGCGCAGUCCUUAUGGGGUUAAACCAAGAGGGUAAAUAUUGUUUUGCUUACUUGUGUUUUUUGGUAACUGGGGAUGAGUGCUAGCAAGAUUGUGAGUUUUACUCAGUGCUGCAUGUAUGCAUGCCUGGAUGAAUCUGUCCAGGGCCCAUACCUCUUCCGCAGGUGUGAGCGAGUGGCUUUUCUGGAAGCUCAGAUUGGAAAUCUGGAGAGGCAAAUUGCAACACAGAGAGAUUGACAAUCUUGAGAGGAGUCUGCUGCUCACUGAGCAGAGUUUAGUGGGAACAGGUAGUGUAGUUGGGGGGAGAUGAGACCGUUGGUGAACAUGCACAUAGCUGGGUAGCAGGGGGGAGGGAUGAGGUAAGGUUUAGCUAGUCCUGAUCUUGUGCAGCCUAACAGAUUUGCCCGUUUGAGUGAAGAUGUUGGGAACAUCAGCUCAGAAGUAGCUGUACUGCAGGAAGCUGUUCCUUCUAACAGCCGUGGGAACAGCCCCUCUGGUACGAGUGGGGAUGAAAUUGCAAGAAGUCCAGACAGGUUGGGGUGGUUGGGGACUCUAUUAUUAAGAAAGUAGAUAAGGUAAACUGCCACUCUGAUCGUCUCAACCGGACAGUUUGCAAUCUCCCAGGUGCUCAGGUCCGGCAUGUUGCAGACAGAGUGGAGGGAUUAUUGGGAGGGGCUGGGGAUGACCCAGCUGUCAUAGUCCAUUUGGUACCAAUGACAAAGUCAGAGGAAAAUGAAAGGUCCUAAAGAAGGAGUUCAGUGAACCAGUGGCGGGCAAAUUAGAACGUUGGAAGCGAUCAUGAUCACUUCCAGUCGCUCUAACGGUAUUGUAGUGAUGCCUUGAUGUCCAGGCAUUGUGCAGUACCCCUCAUCACUGCCGGGCCACCGGGUGAUCGUUCCCCUAUAGCGAUCACUUCCGGUUUGCCCCACAUGGCAGGCUUCCGAUGCUUUGCCUGUAUGCUGAGUGCCUCAGUAAAGAAGAAAAAAAAAAAUUAAACCCUUCUCUCCCUCAAUAUGUACUUAACCGAUCGCCGCUGUUCCCCCGCCAGCGAUCGGUGUUGUUCUUCUAUGUGGGUGGGGGGUACUGUCUGACAGCCCAGAUAGUUCCCCCCUCUGCAAACUAGGACCCCCAGGGGCCACACACAAAUCUAUCUAAGAAAAAUGAAUACGUUUUUAAAAUAAAACAGCAAGGAGAAAAAUAUAAAUAAAAAAGGGACAAGGUUUUAAAUAAAUCAACAAAGAUUAAAAAAUAUCUAUUAAAAAAAGGGGGGGGCAGGAGUUUAUAAUAAAAAAAUAAAAAUAAACCUGCUUUUUCACUUUUAGCAGAGUCACUUGGUAUUACCUAAUACUAACCACAAUACACCAAUUCUCUAAGAAACUCCAGUGAAAUCUGAUUUAUCCUAAACAUAGAGUUACUCAUUCAUGACUGUCUUGACACAUUGGUAAGAAAGUCAUUCACUACAGUGAGAACUGUCAGGAAUUCAAAGUGAAUUUCAAGUUUAUGGCUACAAAAGAUGAAUCGGGGGAAAAAAAUCUCCAAGUCAGCUAUGCUUCCAGUUAAGGUAUUUUGGUCUUAAAUUUGAUAUUCACUAGACUUCCCAACAAUUCUCAUUUUCAUGAAAAUCUUGUUCGAAACCAAAUGCCUAAAUUACUCCAGAAAAAGUACAAGUUGAAAUAAUGUUUUGUUUCCAUGGUUCUAACAAAUCAGCCGAAUUGUGGUUCACAGCCACAGUUGGUUCUUCUCUUUACACUUUAUGUAUUUUUUUUUUUCUCUCCAUGCACCUUUAUGGUCUUUCUUAAAGGACCACUAUAGUGCCAGGAAAACAUACUCGUUUUCCUGGCACUAUAGUGCCCUGAGGGUGCCCCCACCCUCAGGGUUCCCCUCCCGCCAGGCUCUGGGGAGAGGAAGGGGUUAAAAUCUUACCUUUCUCCAGCGCCGGGCGGGGAGCUUUCCUCCUCCUCUCCUUCUUGCUAGCGAAGUCAUCGGCUGAAUGCGCAUGCGCGGCAGGGGCCGCAUGUGCAUUCAGCCAGUCUCAUAGGAAAGCAUUCAUAAUGCUUUCCUAUGGACGCUGGCAUCUUCUCACUGUGAUUUUCACAGUGAGAAGCACGCAAGCGCCUCUAGCGGCUGUCAAUGAGACAGCCACUAGAGGCUUUAGAGGCUGGAUUAACCCUCAGUGUAAACAUAGCAGUUUCUCUGAAACUGCUAUGUUUAUAAAAGAAUGGGUUAAUCCUAUCUGGACCUGGCACCCAGACCACUUCAUUAAGCUGAAGUGGUCUGGGUGCCUAUAGUGGUCCUUUAACAUUGACAAAGCUUUUUGCCAUAUUUACCUUGCAUGAUAUAUUUUUUCCUUUUGUUAAAGGACCACUCUAGGCACCCAGACCACUUCAGCUUAAUGAAGUGGUCUGGGUGCCAGGUCCAGCUAGGGUUAACCCAUUUUUUCAUAAACAUAGCAGUUUCAGAGAAACUGCUAUGUUUAUGAAUGGGUUAAGCCUUCCCCCUAAUCCUCUAGUGGCUGUCUCAUUGACAGCCACUAGAGGCGCUUGCGUGCUUCUCACUGUGAUUUUCACAGUGAGAGCACGCCAGCGUCCAUAGGAAAGCAUUAAGAAUGCUUUCCUAUGUGACCGGCUGAAUGCGCGCGCAGCCAGCCGACGGGGAGGAGAAGAGGAGGAUCGGAGGAGGAGAGCUCUCCACCCAGCGCUGGAAAAAGGUAAGUUUUAACCCCUUUCCCCCUUCCAGAGCCGGGCGGGAGGGAGACCCUGAGGGUGGGGCACCCUCAGGGCACUAUAGUGCUAGGAAAACGAGUAUGUUUUCCUGGCACUAUAGUGGUCCUUUAAACGACUCAAGUAGAUUACAUUAUUGUUGCUCUUCGUUUAAUAAAAAAAUAAAUUACAAAAUAUCCAUAUUUUGGCUUUGUUUUUUUUGUUUUUUUACUCUGAUACUGUUUUCUUUGGCUCUUAUUCUUACAGUUUUAAAAGACCGAUAUUUGUUUUUAAUAUUUGUUCAAUAUCAAUUUUUGUUUGUUUUUCAAGUUGUGGCACUAGUUCCAUUAGCCAUUUACUUUUUCAGUUAUUAAUUAGCGAAUGCAGAAUCCAAGCAAUCUUGGGCAAUAUCCUUUAUACCCUUAUACCUUAUAUAUGGAUCAAAGAAUUGCGAGUUGAAACUUUUUUUCAGUUACUUCACUUACAGUGACUGAAAAGAAUGUCUGUGGUAUGUUCUUGCACAUAAUUGAUAAGAUCUGCGGUUAGUCCGCCAUAAUCAUUCAUAGACUUCCUAUUCUUAUUUUAUUUUUUUGGAGCCUGAAAAAUUGGAGUACAUAUACAAAUUCUAUAUUUUUAAAUACCCUUCGUCCCUGAUCAGCUAACUGUUGAAUCAGAGACUAGGGUACAGAGGUCAGGUUGGUGGUACCAGUUCCACCUAAAUGUGGGCUUGAACCCAAAUAUUUACAUAAAAAAUGCAAGAACACAAUAAUCGGAUAACUCCCCUAAAAGGAAGGGGGGACUCCCAAUUAAUCUGGUAAUGAUGGUGAAGAGAACGCCAACUGAUACAAAAAUAUACCUAUAAAUUUGUCAGAAAGAAGCACUUCACUAUGCACGAGGGAAUCCUUUAUAUACUCUCACUUUUGUUUCUUUCGUUAAUUUAAAUGUUAACUUUUUAUGGAGCUUUGUUAGUGUAGUGGUACCAGUGUGAGGGGACAGCGCAUAGUUAGCUAACUUAUUAUUAUAGAACACCCACGAAGGUGUUAUGAGGAGAUAGAGGAUUAGAAUAGUGGCGUUUUUCUAGGGGAUUUUCCUCAAUUAUAUUACUUCAACCACUGUCUAUAUCGAUAUCUAAUUACUCAUAUCUUUCCCAACAUAGUUGCUAAGCUAUCUAGUAACAGAUAUUCCGUCUUUAUUCUUAUUCUAUGCUAUACUGUCUCCUCUAUUACCCUGCAUAUUUAUCCAUAAUAAGAUUUUAAGGUACUACAUUUAUUUUGUUUUCUCUGUGAAUCACCCCAUGUGAUAUAUCUCAUUUUUCUAACACUUCGUAUGCUUUAAUUGAGAUUUGGAUACUGAGUUUGAUCCACAUAGGAUGUUAGGGUUAUAAGCUUUUUGGAGACACUGAUACAUUGUAUCUUUUCUACAGUAUAGUUAAUAAAGUUGCAGUGUGUCACUGUUUAUGUUCAUUCAGUGUCUCCAAUAUCAAUAUAUGCUUCCCCUGUAGUUAUUACCUUCUUUCUGACAAAUUUAUAGGUAUAUUUUUGUAUCAGUUGGCGUUCUCUUCACCAUCAUUACCAGAUUAAUUGGGAGUCCCCCCUUCUUUUUAGGGGAGUUAUCCGAUUAUUGUGUUCUUGCAUUUUUUACAUAUACAAAUUCUUCCUCCCUGCUAGUAGUGGUCAUAUCACCAGUGAGAUGGCUGUUUUAAAUGCUGUAGAUUAGUAUAAUUUAAGAACUGUUACAUGAUAAAAAUAAAAUUGAGAAUUGCCAAGGGAUUUGUGUAUUUUACAACAAUAUAACAGAACUGGAAAAAUAAUUCCACAGUUUCCGGUUUAUGGCAUAAAUACUUAAGAGAGAUUCAAAUGCAGAAAAUAUGUAAAUACAGAAUUGUAGUCUAUUAAAUAUAAAAAGAUAUCCAUACCAUAUUGGUGUGGAGCAAAGAAACUAAUCUAGCCUUGAGCAUUUCUCGAUGCCUUGGUGUUAAAGAUUGCAAAUAAAUUUGCUGAAAAUAUCUGCUUGUGUUGGUCAGUUCAACCUGUUUACCUGUCCACAGUCCAAGGGCUGCCAUCAUAGAGCAAAGCUAGUGGUAAGAAGCUGUCCCCCAGUGCCACUAACUCCCUUAAAGACUUUGUACAGAGGUCCGAGUAGUACUUAAGUGCCAUUAAUUGCUGUCCCACUGUGCCAGGUUCUGGUACCGGUAGAUACAUUUUUGGUUUAAGGUUAGUGGUGUUCCCAUGUAAAUAUAGCUUAAAAAUAGUACUGUAUGGACCCUAAGCCUUGCACAUUUAUGUCUUUUAUAUUUAUCAAAUAUUGCAACUUGCCAGUAGGAGAUGGUUAUAUGGGGCUUGGUUGCACUAUCUAUGGCAUGUAUUUUCAGUUACCAUUUGUGGUUGCAUUUUCUAUUGCAGGUACAGAACAUAGAUUUGUAGCAGUACUGCGGUAUCCUCUGUAGAUGGCAGAAGAGUGUCGAAAGCACCCUGAAUUCCCUUCAGUUGUAGAUCGUUAUUUUACAAGAUGGUACAAGCCAGGUAAGCACUGUGCUGUUGAACAUUGUCAAAACAAAAACUGCUGAUGUUCUAACAUUUCAACCAAAUUUUUCAGCUUUUUCUUUAAAAAUUAAAUAAAAUAAAAAAAAAAUUGUAAGAACAAUCUAUUCCUAACACUAUAGUGCCCCUGUCCCUACUCUUAUUUUGUUGCCCACCCCCACCCUCCCUCACCCUGGUACAUUAAACAUUUAAAAACAAUAAAGUUUAACUGCCCUUUUUUCUCAGAGGAGCAUUGUGAAUCUAAUACACAUGCGCAGCAAGUGCUGAGCGUCUAUUUUAAAAUAUUCCACAUAGGAAAGCACUGAAUCAAUUCUUGCCAAUGAGGAUUCCGUAUCACGUGAUCGCACUUUAAACGGACAGUGCAGCGCAAGUACCUCUAGAGGUGGACUUAAUACUGCAACGAUUCUCAAAAUCUGCAAUUUUUACAUUGGAAGGUUAAGAGGACAGGGACUCUGCAUCCAGGCCACUUAAUUGAGAUUAAGUGGUCUUGGUGACUAUAGUUCUCAGCCAGAAGAGAAGAGAGGGUCCCUGCAGAGACAGCAUUGUAGACACUGCCUUAUCCGAGAAAAUAGAGAGUUUACAUUGCAGUCUAAUGCCACCUCUAGUGGCUGUCACUCGGAUAGCAUUUAAAGGGACUUCCUGGUUGCAGUCCUGCAAAGAUUAGAUGACGGUCAAUCAGUGUCUCUAAGUAUGCAUGGAAAUGCCAAACAUUGCUCAUAAAGAUGCAUUGAGUCAAUGCAUCUCUGAGGAAUUGAUUAUUAGCACAGCACUACGACUGCUGCAAGUGUGCAGUAGCCUUCCAAUGCUUCCAUGGGGAAUAAUUGGACUGGUUGACAUAAUCAGUAAUGAUGAACUCAGCCAGAAGAGAAGUGACGGCCACGGUGAGAAUGGCGCACUGAGGAAUAAGGCAAGAAGAAACUAUUUAUUUUACUUAAUUAAGGGGUGGGAUUGAAUCUAAAUAGAUGUACUAUUUUAACUAUGACAUGAUCACAGACUAGGAAUAAUUUAGCCAGUCAAAAAGAGGAAGGAGGCAAAAAUUGACCAGCAUAUAGUUGCAUGCAGUGUCCCUAAGAGACUGACGCACUCAUUAAAUGUUUGGAUUGUGGAACAACACUUUAACAUUGUUUUGUUUUCUAGAUUGUAAAUUUGCUUAGGUAGGGACCAUCGUCUCUUUCACCUUAAAAUAACAUUAUAGAGUCAGGAGUACAAAUGCAUCUGUUUAGAUUGAAAGGCCUGCAGGCUUGUGGUACAGACACCAGAACCACGACAAUAAUCUGUACUAAUUCUAGAGACUAUAGUUUACCUUUUUAAUAUUGGGUUCAUGUUGGUUAGAUUAGGCACCAAAAUACAGAAAAGUGAUUUGAGAGAUAAACCAGGGAUCUCAAACUCUGGCCUUCCAGGAUGCUGAUGGACAAAACCUUUCUGAAUCCACAGAUGGCUAUGCUCCUGGGCGUUUAGCAACAUUUGGGGUGGUCAGAUAUUAUACCGGUGGUAAAACAGUGGUGUAUAUCUACUGGUUUCUAUUGUGAAUCCCUUUUUUUUAUUUUGCACCACUUUUCUGAAUGCAAUGAGUUUUUAUUAAACUUUUUAUAAUUGUUAUUGUAGCCUCCCCGAGUGCAGUCAAGACACAUUAAACACCAGGAAACUCUUGUGAAAGUGUUUUUUGGAAGAAUUUACUUGAAAACAUUUUAUAUUACAGUUUUUGAAUGGAUCACUGAACCAUUUUACAGUAGAACAGGUCACUAAAUUGAUACCAUGUACAUAAUUUGGGUCCCUGUCAAAAGUUGUGAACCAAUGGUUUAAACCUUUGUUUGUCAUGACAGAAUGGAUUUUCCUUUAGUGCCAUGUAAGAAAACGUGACCACAAGGAAAUGUGACCACAUCAAUGAUGCAUUCAAGAGACAUUGCUGAAUGCAGCAAGUUUUUGUUUUUUUUAAUAAUUAUUUUAUUCUAGCAUAAUCCCACGUUACAUGGCUAGCGUUGGAAUUGGUCUGCCAGCAGCCACUGUGUUUUCCAAUACAGCAAAUUAUUCCAAAAAUAAAAGCCCUAAUUCUUUGAACUUUGUUAUCAGUACAACUUUGGUGUUCUUUUCCAACUACAUUUAACACAAAACUACAAUUCUACAAAUAUUUAUGAUUGAAUACCAAAUCUGCUUUUUACUGCAAUGUCUAUUAUGGAAGUCUGUUUAUUUGUCUGUCUUUUUAAGAGUAGUGUGUAUCCAGAAAUCAAAUGGAAUAUCAAAUACAUUUUUACAUUUCAGUCUUUUGUUGUUCUAAAUGUUUAUUCUGUCCUUGCACUAUGCAUUGGUAAUUUAAAAAAUAGCAGGAUGUGUGACCCCAUACCAAAGGAAAGCCACUUACCUGUCACUUUUCUUGGGUGUCGGAAAGGAGGAUGGGGGCACUGUUUUGGGAAUUAUGUUUUAAGUUUUUGCUUGAGCUUGGUUCAUUUAAUUUGAGACUUAUGAAUAGCUAGCCAAUCUGUACGCUAUUUUGCUUGGACACCAAUGAACAGUCACAUAGUGAGUCAUUGGUUAUAACACAUAGUUAUUUUUCAUUUGUUAAAGGUUUUCCAAAAGUAAAAUGAAGCUGGAAUGUCUGUCAUUUUCUAAUGUACACAAUGUCUCGAAUUGUCGAUCAUCAAUGCAAUGCACUAUGACAACUAAAUUUGUAGGGAUUGGUAAACAAUCUUUGACAAUCCUAAUAAAAAUAGUUUUAAUAAAUCUAUAUACCUACUGAUAUGUUUACAUUUGGUGACGCUUGCUGAAUGCACCCAGCACUUUAUGUUCUGCUACAACCUGAGCGCAAGGAAUAGUAUAUGUUUAUAUUCUGAUUAACAAUUACUUGCUUUGUAAGCGGUCUUAGUACAUGUGGAUUACUUCAUAAUGGCAUCACAUUGCUUUCCAGGUAAAACUUUAAAAGUAAAUUUAUACAAGGAGGACAUUGUAUUUAUAAUUUAAUAUAUAGCAAAGGGAGACCUUUACACUUAAUGAUUGUCUUCACAAAGUUUUGCUUAUUUGGCCAUUGUGACAAGUUACUUGUGCACUGUACCAAAUCUCUAUGCACAUUUAAAUAACUGAGGUUUUUAGUUUUACUGCAAUUGCUGCUUCUAAACCUGCUGUAGUAUAAUAUCAUGGUUUUUAUUCAUUUAUGGCAUCAUUUGUCUUUCAGAUGUAAAAGGAAAGAUUUCUGAAGACCACUGCAUUUUGCAACAUUCAAACAGGUAAACCAUUCUAAAAAAAAAUAAAAAAAUAAAAAAUGACUGGUGCCAGAGGAACCUGGGUGAAUAAUCAGACUGUACUAAAAUGAUUUGACUACUUACUGUGGGAUGGUGGGAUGGUACUAGAGCACUCCUGAUACCAUGACCCCUCCAGUGGCUGUUGUGGUUAUUGUGCUGGAAUGCUCAUUUAAUUUAGCUCCUCUUUUGAUAGUGAGUUCUGGGCUAAAGGAGCUGGAGCAGUAGAAUCUGCAUCUCUCUCUUAAUAUCACUACAUGCAGUGAUAGUGUUAUGUAUAGUCCUGAAUUAAAAUACAUGUCAAGGCUAACAUAACAUUAGCGGUCCAUGGACUGUAUAGCAUCAUGGAUGACAUCGCGCCUUGCAGUAGGAAAUUUGAAUAUUGUAAUAUACCAUAAUAUACAAUUUUUGAUAUCACAUGGUAAAGAUUAUUAUUUAUGCUCUUGAAAUGGAGUAUAUGUCUACUUACAGAGGACAAGUACACUUUGCAAUUCCAGCACUCGUCCUUGCAUGGUCUCUUACAGAAAAUGAUUGGGUGCAUAUCCAAGGAAUGAAGAGAUGCACUCGCAGGUCUUAAUAAAUGGUUAUAUUUACAGUUUAUAACCAAGUCGUGUUUCGAUCCCACUGGGUCCUUUUCAAGGUUCACAGGGUUAUUCACUUAAAAAUUACUGAAUUCCGACCACAUUGGCAAUUCACAGAUUUCCAAACAACGUGAGAAGUCAGUUAGUCAGUCAGACUGAUUCUGUAUCAUUCAUGCAGAAGAGUUAAGAAAAUCCAUAAUAUCCACACGUAAACCAAUAUAAAGCACAGAAAUUGGACAUUUAUCAGCAACCAGAUGUAUCCGGCACAAUGCACAUUUGCAAAUUAUCAUUCACUUGCUUUUUACAAGCGAAUUUAUAAUGUGAAGUACAACUUGCACACUGGUUGCACUAACAGCCAGCAGACAAAUAGUUGGGAGGAAAAAAAAAAAUCUGUGGUGCAAGGGAUAAUUAUGUAGUGGGUGUACACAUCACUUAGUAGCCAGUCAUCGCAUGAAAGAAAUUUUUAUUUAAAAAAAAUACAAUUUUUUUUUAAUAGAAUUCUUAAAAGGUGGACUAUAUGGUUUAAAGGACGAGUAUAUUUUCCUGGCACUAUAGUGCCCUGAGGGUGCCCCCACCCUCAGGGUCCCACUCCUGUGGCGCUGAAGGGGGAGGAAGGGGAUAAUCCCUCUGCGCUGGGACUCUCCACCCUCAUCUGCUGUCACCGGCUGAAUGCGCAUGCGCGUCAAGAGCCGUGCGUGCAUUCAGCCAGUCCAUAGGAAAGCAUUCUCAAUGCUUUCCUAUAGACGUUGGCGUCUUCUCACUGUGUAAAUCACAGUGAGAAGCACCUCUAGCGGCUGUCAAUGAGACAGCCACUAGAGGCUGGAUUAACCCAUAGGUAAACAUAGCAGUUUCUCUGAAACUGCUAUGUUUACAGAAAAAAGGGUUAAUCCUAGCUGGACCUGGCACCCAGACCACUUCAUUAAGCUGAAGUGGACUGGGUGCCUAUAGUGGUAUUUUAAGCCCUCCAGUUGCUAUUUACCAGGUGGUGCAUGUCUCCUAAACAUGUAAAACUAAAUGUUGAUGGAGCCUGUGAAAUAACUGUGGGGAGACACAUGGUUGAAGGCUAUUCUGAAAUUCAUGGGAGAGUGACAAGUGGGUGCCCUAAUUAUAAUACUAAAGGGGGAGGAAGACCUAGUGUCUCCCAAAAAACAUUGACAAAGGGUGGGGCCCUUUUUCCAGAAACUGGACAGCAAUGGCAUUGCUAAUUUUAAACAUUUAGCAGACAUGACACCACCUCUUGUAUGGCAAGUGCGGCAUAUGGAGGUAACUUAUAGCUCCAUUGUAGUAAUAUGGAGGUCUUAUUGAUCUUAGUACCAUUUGUAUUUUAUUAUUUUUUGUAUUUAUUUUUAAUGUGGUUGUUGGCUGCUGGUACUGCCAAUGGGCAAACAUGGUUUUUGUUUUCUUUUUGUGUUUUUUUUUUUUUUUGGUUAAUCCUGGGCCAGAUUUGAAGUCUCCUUGCAUGCACAAAAUAAAUAAAAAUUGUGUGUGUAUAUAUAUUAUGAUUUAACUUUCUAUUUUUUUUUUUACAUUUUUAAAACAAGUGUAUUUUAGUAUAAAUAACAGAUAAUUAUAACUUCUACAUUACACGUUCUGUACAUGUUUUAUAUUAGAAAUUGGCUAAGUUGUCUAUUUUAUUCAUACCUUCGUACUCAAAACAGGACAAUGUAGAUACAGCUCUAUCACAGAUUAUGAUUUCUUAGGCAAUCUCAGCACUGAUUUCAAACUAAUCACAUUGAUUGUGUGGAGUUGUGUGUGUGUGUGUUGUUAAAAACAUUGAUGCCCCUCUAGCUAACUUAAAAUCCUGUUUGCAUGCAGAUUCCCCAAAAAUCACUUACAUCAUUUUAUUUUUCCGUCGCUGAACCAUGAGCUGUGGUGUGUAGAAAGUCAGCCUGGGAAUUCAGGGCAAAAUAGUUGUAAAACAUUAAUUGACCCUCCAAGACAUAGUUUAAUUUCUGUAUUAAUUUUCUUUCCUCAGAAUUUGUGUUAUCACGCUAGCAGAAUGCCACCCACUUCUUCAAACUGGAAAAACUAUUCAGAACAUCAAUUACCAGAUCAGUGCCAACUGCAGCAGGCUGCAGAACAAAGUGUCUGGGAAAUCCAAACGGGUGAGGACUUGGCAUUUUUUUUCUUCUUUCAGCUCAUGAGACAUUCAAUCUACUUUCGUGUAGUUUAUAACAAAAAUGCUUAUGAAUUGUUUCAAUCAUCACAUUGUUUUAACUAGUUUUCUAAUAAUUGGCUACAGAACUAACAAUAUAUUUGCUCUUCAAAGAAAUCAUGAGCUUGCUGUCAGCUUAGUUAAAUAUGGAAUAAACUGGAGGAGGUGUUACAUGGAUAUGGACAAAAAGAAAGCUAAUUUCAAGAACCAACCUAUUAAAGCUUGGUAACAUACCCUUGUAUUGCUUACUGUCUACUCAUUUUUGUUCUUUAGCAUGUGAUAUUAUUCAACGCAAUGUGUUCUGUAUUAGAAACAUACUUUUUUGGUUGUAUUUUUUUCUUGAACCUCGAAUGCAGCUAUAAGGCCGCUCCCAGACUUUCUUGUAUCAAUGAUUUUUCGCUAUCAUAAGAUCCUUAUGAGUUGUGUGUUCACACAGCCUGCAACAGCCUGGAACAUGCAGCUCCAGGUAGCAAGGGUCUGUUUCCCUGUUCUGCAGUGCAUAUGUUAUUUGUGGCUUACACAGGCGCAAAACAUAACACGGUUCACUAAACUAUGAACUGGGCUGUGUAUGUAGUGAUAAGUGUCAUUACUCUACCAGAUUUUAGAAUAGACUAUAUGAAGUAGGGAUCGCCCGAUAUUGAUUUUUUAUUUAUUUUUUUAGAGCCGAUACUGAUAAUCUGUGAACUUUCAGGCUGAUAGCUUUCCGAUAUUCUGUACAUUUACCGUAUUUGUUUUUUUUGCAAAUUUUCUUUUUUUUUUUUUUUUAAUUAAGUGGUAAAUGCAAAAAAUAUACAUGUCAUUCAGAUUUUUUUUUAUGUUUUCAAGAAUAUUUGUGUGUGUGUGUAGUGGAUGCAGUGAGAGUAUUUGAUUACAGUGUGUGUAGUGGAUGCAGUGUGUUUCUGUGUAAAUAUGUGCGGUAGGAACCUCCUUACCUUCUCUUAGUUCCCCCUCUUACCUGUCUUAGUGCCCCCCAUUUCCCUUAAUGCCCCCCCCACCGCAGUGUUCCUUUUCCAUUCCCUCCCCUGUAUUUUAGUGUCCUCCCUUAAUGUUUUUCACCCACCCCCUCCCCCAUAGUGUUCAUUCCACCCCCUUCCCCAUAGUGUUCAUUCCACCCCUUUCCCCAUAGUGUUCAUUCCACCCCUUUCCCCAUAGUGUUCAUUCCACCCCCUUCCCCAUAGUGUUCAUUCCCCCCCCCUCCCCCAUAGUGUUCAUUCCACACCCCUUCCCCAUAGUGUUCAUUCCACCCCCCUUCCACAUAGUGUUUCAUUCCACCCCCCUUCCACAUAGUGUUUCAUUCCACACCCCUUCCCCCAUAGUGUUUCAUUCCACACCCCUUCCCCAUAGUGUUUCAUUCCACCCCUUCCCCAGUGUUUCAUUCCACACCCAUAGUGUUUCAUUCUUCCCAUAGUGUUUCAUUCCACACCCCUUCCCCAUAGUGUUUCAUUCCACACCCCUUCCCCAUAGUGUUUCAUUCCACACCCCCUCCCCAUAGUGUUUCAUUCCACCCCCCUCCCCAUAGUGUUCCUUUCCACCCUCUCCCCCAUAGUGUUCCUUUCCACCUCCCUCCCAUCCCCUAUUGCCCCUCUCUCCCCUCCUUGGUCCCCACUCCCUGGUGUCUCCUGGGGGCGGAGCAGUGUGCACCACGGUACAGGAGAUUGUCUCCUGUACCCAGCCGGACUGACAGGAAGUGCUCUCUCCGUGAGCACUUCUUUUCAGUCCGGCCCGGUACAGGAAACAUAAGUUUCUGUACCGCUGUGUGCACUGCUCGGCAUGGCCGCGCUACACAGUGCCUGGCAGGAGGGAGCGCUGUGCGCCUACCUCCUGCCAGUCACUUCGAAAUGGUGCCCCUUGGUCCUGUGUGCCCUAAGGCGGCCGCUUGUGCCGCCUUAUGGAUGCGCCGGCCCACCUAUUCAUUAUCGGUACUGAUGGUGAUUAUCAACCGAUCCCUUAUACGAAGAUUGGAAAUGCUAUUUAAAAAAACAAUUAUUUACCCUACAAUGUUCAGCCACAACAUUUAAAGCACUGACAGGUGAAGUGAAUGAAUAACAUUGAUUAUAUAAUUACAAUGGCACCUGUCAAGGGACGGGAUAUAUUAGGCCGCAAGUGAACAGUUCUUGAAUUUCAUGUGUUUGAAGCAAUAACAAAUGGGUAAGGUAAAAGAUCUGAGUUAUUUUGACAAGGGCCAAAUAGUGAAGGCUAGACGACUGGGUUAGAGCAUCUCCAAUAUGACAAGUCUUGUGGGGUGUUCCCGGUUGUAGUAGUAGUUAGCACCUGCUAAAAGUGGUGCAAGGAAGGACAUAGAUGCCCAAGGCUCAUUGAUGUAGGCUAGCCCAACUGAUACAGUAGCUCUUCUGUGUGAUUGUAUCUCUGAAUGCUGCAAAAUGCAAUGCUAACCAUGUCAGAACACACAGUGCAUCACAGUUUGCUGCAUAACUGUAGACCAUUCAGAAUGCCCAUGAGGACCCCUGUCAAUUGCCAAAAGCACUUUUAAUGGAGUUGUGCAUAUCAGAAAUAGACCGUGGAGGAAUGUUCCCUGGGCUGAUGAAUCACAUUUUCUUUUAGGUCUGGUAGAAAGCCAGAUGUGUGUGUCUUGUUUACCUUGGGAAGAGAUGGCCGUAGGAUGUACUACGGGAAGAUGGCAGGCUGGCAGAGGCAGUGUUAUGCUAUGGACAAUGUUCUUCUAGGAAACCUUGGGUCCUGGCAAUCGUGUGGAUGUUACUUUCACAUGUACCAACUACCUAGAGAUUGUUGCAGACCAUGCACACCUUUUCAUGGCAUUGGUGUUGCCUGCUGGCAGUGGCCUCUUUCAGUAGGAUAAUGCACCCUGCCACACUGCAAAAAAUGUUCAGGAAUGGUAUGAGGAACAUGACAAAGUUUAAGGUGUUGCCUUGGCUUACAAAUUCACCACAUCUUAAUCUGCAUUUGUGGGAUGUGGUGGAACAACAAAUCUGAUCCAUGGAGGCCCCAUUUCGCAACUUGCAGUACUUGAAGGAUUUGUUGCUAAUAUUGUGGUACCAGAUACCACAAGACUCGUUCAGAGGUCUUGUGGAGUCCAUGCUUUGAUGCAUUAGUGUUUUUUUGAGGGGGACCUACUUGAUUUUAGACAGGUGGUUUUAAUGUUGUGGCUGAUCAGUGUAUAAUCCUCGGCAGAACAGAUGAUUUUGGGAUAAGAUUAGUCCCCAUAAUGCAGAAUGAGAGACUUGUGAUUAGAGGUGUGUAGCCAGACCUACUAAGUAGUGCACCUUGGGACCCUUUAAAAUAAUUCUAAAAAAACCAAAAUAAAUUGAAACAUAAAAAGUCACUUACAUUUUAAUCCAUUGUCUUUAUCAGGGUUAGGCAACCUUUAGUACUUCAUAUGUUGUGGACUACAUUUCCCACAGUGCUCUUACACUCAUAAUGGACAUAUUAAGGGCCCAAGAUUGCCUAACUCUGCUCUAUAUAAUGCAUUAAAUAUGUCAUUAAAACUUACAUAGACACGCUUUAAAGAGUGCCUAUUUCAGUAUGUCAAUUACUUCUGUUUUUGCCAUUGUUCCGCGUUGAAAGAUUAUAUGGUGUUGUGCGUACCAGAUUAUAAGAAUGCUGUCCACAUACAUCUAGGUGGUGAAAGUAUAAAGUGACACACAAUAUUUCACCAAUACUGCAGCGUUUAGCACUAUUCUGCAUGCUGCUGUUUUUAACCCCAAUUUCAGCUUCCACCAUCUAAUGGGUCCUGCCAAGGGUGUCCUCUUUCUCUUUCUUUUUUUUUUUUUUUAAAGCCUGGAACCCUAAAUUUUUAAAUUCAGAACCUUCCCCUUCAGUCUCAUGAGUUCAUACAAUUGGACUAGCGUUUGGAUGGCAAUUCGCUUCUGGACAGUAUUUUACUCUCCCUUAGCCGCCCUACUGGUCUCCCUUAGAAUACUUGUAUAUGCAACAUGUCAUCUCCAUUAAAAUUAGGGGAGUGUUUUUGGCACUUUAGAUGUUGUGGACCACAUCUUCCAUAAUGCUCUCAAAACCAAAAUGCUUGCAAAGCAUCAUGAAAGAUGUAGUCUAAAACAUUUGGAGUGCCAAAGGUUGCCUACCCCUCCCCUAAACUGUAACAUCAGGAGCCCUAAACUAGAAAAAAAUCCAUUGUAAAAUAUAUUUUGCCUUUAACAUGCAUUCUUUUCCAAUUAAGGGUGCCCAGUUCCUUACAGAAUUUGCUCCUUUAUGUAGAAUAUCCUGUUCUGAUGGCGAAGAAUAUACUAUUUACAGGUAAGAUGUUCUGCUUUUUAUGAAGAGAAGAGCUACCACACCUGCCAUGCCUUGCCUGUGUCCCCAGUUAAAAUUUGUGAUGUAUUUUAUUUAUUUUUGUUGCAUAUUUUCUUUUUUUCGGUAAGGCAUUAAAUGCCUGUGCCCAUGGUAUGAUUAGUGUGUAUGUUCUAACAGUAAUAGUCUGAAUUCUAAGCACCAAAACCAAGACAGCACACUAUAGUGUUUAUGGUGGCAAGAGUCCUGUCACUCCAUUCCAUAGUUGAAUCACAGUUUGGUAUUUGCCUGGAUGCCCCUCAGUUUAGUCACUUUUUCACGAAUACACUUACAGUAGAAGUUCUCUUCUGCAUUACAUAAAGCAAAUUUGUUAAUUGGUGGAGACUCUCCUCCAACUAACAUAAGUAAUUGGUGGAGAUUGUCAGUUGACCUUCUCAGCUAAUGAAUUAUGUCCAAAUUCGGCUAGAAUUGAUUUACUUAUGUUGAAAGAUAAAUUCAUGUGAAGAAGCUCUUGACCAUGGGGACCACAGCUAAAUAUCAAACUGUACGCUCUGUAGCUGUUACAGUACUUAGACGUUCACUAUUUUUAAAGUAUUCUACUGCUCCUAAAAUCUGUUUGUUUUCUAGUGUUUUAAUGUGAACCUUAAAGGAACACUAGGGUCAGCUACACAAACAUGUAUUCCUGACCAAAGAGUGUUAAAACCACUAUGUAGCACCUCAUGCUCCCCUAAAUAUAGCAAAAUCUUACUUUAUUCCAGUCUGCUGCUGCUGGCUCUGCCCCUGAUCUGCCCAUUGCCUGCCAUCAUCAGAAGUGGUGAUCUAAGCCAAUCACAAUGCUUUCCCAUAGGAAAACAUUGGAUUGGCUGAGCUUGUCAAGGGGGCAGAGCCAGCACAAGCCAAACACAGCCCUGGUCAAUCAACAUCUCCUCAUAGAAAUGCAUUGAAUCAAUGCAUCUCUAUGAGGAAAGUUACGUGGAUACACUGAAUGGCAGUGCUGCACAAUAUGCAGCACUGCCCCAGGAAAUACCUCUAUUGGCCAGUGGAAGUAUCCCUAGGCUGUAAUGUAAACACCGCAUUUUCUCUGAAAAGACCGUGUUUACUACAAAAAGCCUGAAGGAAAUCAUUCUACUCACCAGAGCAAAUGCAAUAAGCUAUAGUUGUUCUGGUGACAAUAGCUUGACAGAUGUUUAGAUUUUCUAAAUGUUGUAUGGAAUAUCGGUGACGGCAAAAAUAAUCGAAUGGUUUAUCAUAUUUAUACUGGCUUUGGAAGGUUUCUAUGAAAAUUUAAUUAAUUCAUUGGUCUUUUAGUUGCAUCAGAGGUCGUUUAUUAGAAGUGAAUGAGCGAAUCCUUGAAAACCCAGAACUGUUGCAAGAAAAGGUAAUUUAUCACUUUACCCAGAUAUGUUAGUUACCAUGUAUUCUUUAUAUUCGUACAAGGUCAAAAAGCAUGAUACAUUUAACAGCAUGUGUGAAUAAGCUGUAAUCUAUUGCUUGGGGAACUUAUUUAGGUAGCUGUCCUUCAGUAGGAAACUAGUCUUGGCUAGCAUUUGGUCUGAUGUAACCAUGGGAGUAGUUAGAGGUAUUUUGGCAAAUAUAGGCAUAGGCAACCUUUGGUAAUCUAGAUGUUGUUUUGUCAGAAUUGUGGCUGAGAGUAUUAUGUGAGAUGUAGUCCACAACAUCUGGAGAGCCAAAGGUCACCUACUCCUGGGCUAAACCUUAAAGGACCACUAUAGUGCCAGGAAAACAUACUCGGGCUCCCCUCACCCUUGGGGCCCCCCUCCCGCCAGCGCUGGAAUCUCCUCCUCCUCCUGCCGUCAUUGGCUGAAUGCGCCCGCACAUUCAGUCAGUCUCACGGGAAAGUAUUCUCAGUGCUUUCCUAUGGACGCUGGCGUCUUCUCACUGUGAAAAUUACAGUGAGAAGCACGGAAGCGCCUCUAGCGGCUGUCAAUGAGACAAACACUAGAGGCUGGCUUAACCCUAAAGUAAACAUAGCAGUUUCUCUGAAACUAUGGUUACAGCAGAAAGUUUUAAUCCUAGAUGGACCUGGCACCCAGACCACUUCAUUAAGCUGAAGUGGUCUGGGUGCCUAGAGUGGUCCUUUAACAAUCUUAAAUGGACUCAUUGCCUUAUGGACAGGUUAGAAAUGUCCGAAAACAUAUAGUAAUAAUAAAUCCUCUGGCACUGAUUGUAGUCAGUGGUUUUACUAUAAUGAAUUGACUUAUUAUAUAGUGGUUCAGAUACUUUAACAAAUAUCCUGAUGUCCUGUAAGCUGGAUUCUGAGUACACACUGCAUAAUAUGGUUUAACCUUGGACAGUUUUUCAAACCUUCCAAUACUAAUGGUAAAAUAAAUGUUAAAAAAAAAAAAAAAAGUCAGAAAAAGGAUGUUGCAUGUCCAUCUUGCUGGCUGUGAGAUUGUAUUUGAAUCCGUAAUAUUUAUAGGUGUUUUUUUAUUUUUUUUAUUUUUAAUUCUCUUAAACAGGAUAUCUUUGCACAAGGCAGUUCCCUCUGAAAAGGAAGAUGCAACCCAGACAUGCAGUUAAAUGCUCUUUUACACUGACCAGUGAUACAACUUUAGUACGCAAGGGCAGUGUCAGAGACCGUUGACAAUUGCACACAUUUCAUAUUCUAAGUUAUGCUUGGACCAUGCAUGUAUGAGGAUGAUGGAGAGAAAAUUACAUCCUUAAAUCCUCACACACCAUGCCAAGUGCAGUUUUCUUAACAGUUUUAAUAAAGUUAAGUAAGCGUAGUAUGUCUUAUCAAAGGUUUAUAAUAGCCAAUUAUAAUUUACAGGGCUAUUCACAAAGUGAGAAUUUAAAGUGAAUUUAAGGUCUAAAUAGCUAAACUAGAAAAAAAGUCUACGUUACUAUGCUGUCAGUUUGGCUACUCUGACCUUAAAUUUGAAAUUCACUAGUAAAAUGUUACUGGUAAAUACCUUUUUGAGAUUGCACUUUAUAUGAUUAUACUGCUGAAUUCUUUUUAUCUUUUUAUCACCCAAUAGCCAUCAACUGAGGGUUACAUUGCAGUUGUGUUACCAAAAUUUGAAGAGAGCAAAACUAUUACAGAUGGACUUCUAUCUCAAAAGGAAUAUGAAGAGAUUGUCUCUAGAAGAACGUGUGCAAAAUCAGAAGAUUUAUAAAUAGUUACGCUUGAAAACAGAUUAAUAUAGUCUGUUUACUGAACUACCUCAAAAGUUGAAAGGCUCUUGUUUGUUUUUGUUUUUUAUAUGAUUUAGAACAGUGUUUUGUCUAAUGAUAAAUUAGAAAAAGAUUGUUAAAAUAAAAAGAUUUUUU